AUGGCGACAGGUCUACGAGUUAUUCGAGGACGUGAUUGGCUGUCGGGUGACGUCGACGGGGGUGAAGGUCAUCUCGGAACGGUCGUGUCACACGGGAAAGAUAAAACAGCUGAAGUGAUCUGGGACAAUGGGAAACAAACUAUGUCGAGCAUUGGGAAGGACAGCAAAUACGAGCUGAGGCUUGUAGACAAUGCUCCUGUAGGAGUUUGCCAUCAGACUGUCACUUGCGGCGGCUGUGGAGAAAUCGGGGUGAUUGGAAUACGAUGGUCGUGUGGCCAUUGUACCAGCUUUCACUUGUGUUCUUUGUGCUACGUCACGGGAAAGCAUGACCUGUCUCACAACUUUGUGCGUCACGACACGCCCACAUCUACGGGGUAAAUUACCUCUAAAUAUAAAUAAACAACACACAGAACAUACACGUUGAAACUAUUUUCCCUAGAACCAGCAAGGGUAAACACUCGUAAUGCAUAUUAUGACACACCCUACCUAUACCGAUACACUCGUCAUUCUCGUGGAUUCCACUGGAUUUCUGAACU